UGUGAGCGCUGCUGAGCGUUUGAGACCUGCGAGCAGCGUAUAAAUGGAGUAGUCAGCUGCAGCAAAGCGUUCAGUCGAUCGUGUUCUGUCGAGCAGUUCUAGUUAAACAAACAAGCACUUCAAAUGCUAACAUGCUAGCAUUUGCCUUGUCCGUGAUCGCAUUCGUAUUCGUGGUCGAUUCACUGCCAAUUACUGGGCAGCAGCACUAGCGUUCUGCAGAGAAAAUCGAAUUGCAACAGCGCAUUAAACAGAAAGACACGCUUUGUGAAAAUAAUAGAAAUUAAUAAGCGCGCAAAGUGUAAAAUAAGUGCCAGUGUAACUACCAAACUAACUAAAGAGUUAAACAUGAAGCUCAUCUGCUGUGGCAACAAAGGCUCCAUGCAGGUCAACAACAAUGGCCUGCCAGCAACCACUGAUAUAGACAACAAAAAAGAAUGCGAAGCUCAAGGAAAAAAAUAUGGACUUGGUGUGCGUCACUGUCAGACCUUUCUGCUCUUCUGCGCCCUCACUGUCGCCUACGCGCAGCGUGUCAAUCUCUCUGUCGCUGUGGUCGCCAUGACGGAAGCUGCCACAGUCAAUCCUGACUUUCCCGAAUACAAAUGGUCAGCGAAAACGCAAUCGCUGCUGUUGAGCAGCUUCUUUUGGGGCUACAUCUUUACGCAGGUGCCGUCGGGUCAGCUGGCGCGCAAGUUUGGCGGCAAGAUCACGCUGCUGGGCGGGCUUACGCUGUGUUCCGUGCUGAAUAUACUGACGCCACUGUUUGCCAAAUGGGGUGGCUGGCAAUUAGUUUGUGCGCUGCGCGUGAUGGAAGGUCUCUGCCAGGGCGUGGUCUUUCCAUCGGUGCAUACGCUCAUCUCGGCUUGGGUGCCGCCCAGUGAGCGGCCGCUGCUGGGCACUUGCGCCUAUGCGGGCAAUCAGUUUGGCACGAUUGUAAUGCUGGCCACAAGUGGACUGUUGGCCUCUUCGGCGGCGGGCUGGCCCAGCAUCUUUUAUAUAUCCGGCGGCGUUGGCUGUGUUUGGUCCAUUGUGUUCUUUGUGUGGGGCGCCAGUUCGCCCGCGGAUCACAAGCAUAUCUCGGUGGAGGAACGCAAGAUGAUUGAAAUGACGCAGGCCACUGAAGUGGUAUCCGAGCAGCCCAAGGAGCAACUGCAUACGCCUUGGCUGAGCUUCUUCACCUCGCCUGCCUUCUUGGCUCUGAUUGCCGCACACAGCGCCAACAAUUGGGGCUUCUGGACGCUGCUCACUGAGAUUCCCAGCUACAUGAAGAACGUGCUAGGCAAGGACAUCAAGUCGAAUGCGCUGCUCUCGGCUCUGCCCUACUUUGCCAUGUUCUGCAUGUCCUUCAUGUUCUCCGCCAUUGCCGUGCAGCUGAACAAACGUCAGUGCAUCUCCACAGUGGUCAGUCGCAAGAUAUUCAACUCCAUCGGACUGUGGGGACCCAUGCUCGCCCUAAUUGGCCUGGGCUACGUCUCCAGCGAUCAGAGCAAUCUGGCUGUGGCUCUGCUCACCGUCACUGUGGGCUUCAACAGCGCCUGCUAUCUGGGCUUCCAGAUCAAUCACAUCGAUCUGUCGCCCAACUUUGCGGGCAUUCUCAUGGGCAUUACCAACUGCGUUGCUAACAUCAUGAGCAUCAUUGCCCCACUACUCGUUGGAUUCAUUGUGAAUAAUGAACACGAUGCACAGCAAUGGCGUGUGGUGUUCUUCAUUGCCGCGGCCGUCUAUCUGGUGGGCAAUGGUCUCUUUGUGCUGUUCGGUCGUGCCAACGUGCAGCCCUGGAACGAUCCGCCGGCAAAGCAGCGACGCAACUCCACGGCUCAGGUGGAGUCGCAGCAUUAGCUGGAGCAUUUAUAGAGCAGCUGCUAGUCAACUACUAGUUCAAAAUUUGCCAGCCCGCUGACACUAGCUCAGACUAGUAGUUCGCUUGGUUAAGCAAAUGUAACCUAAUGCUGGUACCACUGACCAUUGAGUUUCUGUUUGUACAUUGUAUUUGAAUUUGUUGUUUUAAGUCGUAGUGCGUAAGCUUUAGUUAAGGCCUUGUUGAGAGAACAGUUACAAAAUAUACAAAAGCAAUUUGUUGUGAAGCCA